CAGUUGCGUCUUGAGACAGCGGGUGUCAUUAGAAGUCAUAUUUUGACUUGUUCUUACCUAAACAGACAGACAAUUUUGAUGAAAUGUGUUUAGAAAUGGCCACUAAUGGAACUGUGGAGAGAAGGACAAAUGAGAAUGAAAGUUAUUCAUGUUCAUCGACAAUAUGUGGGAACUGUUUAAUGCAUAUUCACCGGUUGAUUCCUGUUGACUUCAAAAAAGAAAUAGUUCAAUUAUCAACAAUGGCUGCACCUGUGAUUAUGGCUCAGAUCAUGGUCUUUCUACUGAGUUUUAUCAGUACAGUUUUCUGUGGCCAUUUGGGGAAGACAGAACUGGCUGCUGUGGCACUCGCUGUAGCUGUGACUAACAUCACUGGUGUCUCCAUUGGAUCCGGGUUAUCAUCAGCAUGUGACACACUUAUAUCUCAGACGUUUGGAAGCCGCAACCUCCUGAAAGUUGGGGUCAUUCUACAGAGAGCUCUCCUCAUUCAACUUCUAGCCUGUUUCCCAUGCUGGGCUAUCCUCAUCAACACAGAACCCCUCCUUCUGGCUGUCAGACAGAGCCCAGAGCUCGCCAGGCUGGCUCAAACAUAUGUGAAGAUUCUGAUGCCAGCGCUCCCAGCCACAUUCAUUUACCAGCUGGAAGUCCGCUAUCUACGGAAUCAGGGAAUAAUAUGGCCCCAGGUCAUCACAGGUGUGGUGGCUAACUUACUGAAUGCCUUAAUCAACUACAUCUACCUCUAUGCUCUGAACCUGGGUGUAAUAGGGUCUGCAUGGGCCAACACCAUCUCACAGUUUUCUCUGGCUCUCAUGCUCUAUGCUUACAUCCUGUGGAAGGGAUUACACAAAGCCACAUGGGGAGGCUGGUCCUGGGAGUGCCUGGAGGAAUGGGGCACCUACAUUUACCUGGCCAUCCCUAGUAUGGUCAUGCUGUGUGUGGAAUGGUGGACCUAUGAGAUUGGAAGCUUUCUGGCAGGCCUGAUAAGUGAGGUGGAGCUCGGAGCACAAUCAGUCGUCUACGAACUGUCAAACAUUUGCUACGUGUUCCCCCUAGGUAUUAGUCUGGCAGGCAGUGUAAGAGUGGGCAAUGCCCUGGGUGCUGGAGAGACAGAGCAGGCCAAGCUUUCUGCCAAACUGACCAUGUUUUGUGCUGGUUCACUUUCUGUGUGCUUUUCGGUUCUUGUUGGGAUACUGAAGGACCAUAUCUCCUAUGUCUUCACAUAUGAUGAGCAGAUCAGAGAAAGGGUUGCUCAAGUUAUGGCUUUUUAUUCUCCUUUCCUGAUAUUAGAUGCAAUGACAGCAGCUUCAGGCAGUAUUAUAAGGGGGGUAGGGAAGCAGAAGGUCGGGGCGAUAUGCAGCAUCCUGGGUUUCUAUGGGAUUGGCUUUCCUAUUGGAAUACCCCUGAUGUUUGCUGCUAAACUAGGAAUCAUGGGUCUGUGGACCGGUCUGUUCAGCUGUGCGUUCCUACAGUCCUCAGUCCUCAUCGUCUACUUAUCCAAAAUGAGCUGGAAGAAAGCUACAGUAGAGGCCCAGAUCAGAGCUGGUGUGCAAAGCAACUCAACAGACAUGAAUAUGGCCCCAAAUACCCAUUCAGAUGAUUCACCUCCCCGUGGGGGCCACAUGGACCAAACUGCCCAGGCUAAAGAUGGUGCUGAGGUUGAUGGUGAGACCAGUGAUGGGGUGGCUCCCAGCACGGUGGGGGUCCUCCUGUCACGAAGGGCCCUGCUGUUGAGGAGGGGCUUGGCCCUGUGUUUCAUGCUCUUCAUCCUGGCCCUGGGGAUCGUUGUCAACCUGCUGCUCACCAAUGUAAUUUAAGGAAC